AAAAUCCAAUUUAAACUUAUUCAUGAACUAGUAAAAAUGGAAUUAAACGAAAUGGAUUUCAGAAAUAAAGUCGCCAGGGCUAGAAUUAUAAUCAGUUUGUGUUGGACGAUUCCGAAGUACACAGGUGACAAAGUGUGAAGCUAUUUCCGCUCAAUUUUACUGAACAGGGAUACAGCCACAACAGGAUAUACAUAGUUAACAGUAUAAAAUGCUUAUAUCACAAUUUUUUGAAAACCAGGAGAUUUUUAUUACCGGGGGCUCAGGUUUUAUAGGAAAGGGCCUCAUUGAAAAAAUUUUGCGCUCUUGCACAAAUGUAGGUGCCGUCUACGUCCUGCUACGACCGAAAAAAGGAAAAACUAUUGAAGAGCGUUUAAAUAAUAUAUUAGAUUCUCAACUAUUUGCCCGUCUUAGACGAGAACAACCUCAAAACUUAAAGAAAGUACAUGCUAUUGCAGGUGAUUGUAGUGAACUAGGUUUGGGCAUUUGUGCAUCUGAUUUGAGACGAUUAGAAAAUGUGAACAUUAUUUACCAUUCAGCUGCUAGUGUAAGAUUCGAUGAUCCAUUGCGCGAUGCUAUUCUCAUGAAUACACGCGGCACUUAUGAGUUGAUCAAAAUCGCAGAAACUCUUAAGCAUCUGAAGGUCUUUAUGCACGUUUCCACCACUUACUGUUAUCCAAAUCGACGAGUUAUUGAGGAACAGUUUUACCCACCUUAUGCAGAUUGGCGCACAACUAUUAAACUGGCCGAAACUUAUGAUACUGAAUUGUUGAACGUUUUCAAUCUAAAAUACGGCGACUUCCAGCCAAACACAUACACAUUUACGAAAAGUUUAGCCGAACAAAUUAUCAAGGAGUAUAAAGACAAACUGCCUUUAAUGAUAUUUCGACCUUCAAUAGUUAUUUCAUCGAUUGAAGAACCUGUUCCUGGGUGGGUGGAUAACUUUAACGGCCCCAUUGGAAUGCUAGUUGCUUGUGGCAUUGGUAUAUUCCGUACUAGCUAUGGUGAACCAAACAUUAUUUCCGACUUUGUACCAGUUGAUGUAGUUGUGCGUGCCAUGCUAAUUGCUACGUAUCGUAAGGGUACUGAGGAUAGAGAUAAUGAUGAACCGAAGCUGGAAGUAGUUAAUGGUGCUGCUUCAAAAAUUUGCCCCAUAACAACUGGCGAAGUCAUCGAAAUCGGCAAAAAAGUUAUAAAAGAAACUCCUUUUGAAAAGACAUUGUGGGUACCAGAUGGAAGCAUAACGCGGUGCCCGGUGUGGAAUAUGAUACGGUUCUUUACUCUACAUAUUUUGGUGGCAAUAUUUGCAGAUUUUGCCUUGCGGUUUACUAAUACAAAACCAUUCCUUUUAAAAUUGCAACGACGUAUUUAUGCUGCCACAUUAGCCUUGCAUUACUUCGUAACCACUCAGUGGGACUUCAAGAACGACAAUUUCUAUGAAUUGAAUUCUUUUGUACCAGAGUCCGAAGUCGAUAAAUUUGGAUUCUUACAAUACAAAGAUCUGGAUUACGAACAAUUUUUCCGCACGGGUAUACGUGGCGCAAGGGUAUUUUUGUUGAAAGAACCGGCAACAUGUUCUCAAGGUGCAUUAACACGCAUGAAAAUCUACAAAGUAUUGCAUUUUCUCAUCAAGUUAAUCGGAAGUGUGCUGAUUUUACGCUUCGUAGCAUACUUUAUUUAUGAUAAAUUUUAUGCUACUUUCAUAUAAUUCAAAUAUCUUACACUUUCGUCUAUAUAAUUCAUUUGGAAUAAAACAUUAACACAUCAUAUCAUGUAUUUAAUGCACCAUCGUCUAUCAAAAAAAUCUAACCUUUUUUGAAUUAGUCCAAAUGGAUUGUUUAGCGAUUUCCUAUGAAAAUUCUAUUUUACAGUAAUAAAAAGAUACAUACUUUAUUUUUAUAUAUCUUGGUUUAUUUUUGUUGACAAAUUUAUUACAAUUAUUCUCUUGCUCUUUGUUGUCCUAUACUUGUAGUGGCAAUUUAAUGCGUUUUAUCCAUCCUUCGCAAACUAAUCUUCUUUACAUCAAAUCUCAACCAUAUAGGUUGGAAAAAUAUACACAUAUGCAAAGUUGUGGAAACAAAAACCAAAAUUCUUAAUUUCCACGAGAUGGUACAUGGUCACAAGUUAUGCAUAUGGUACAUGUUUCUCAGACUGCACCUUACCAUCUUAAUAAUGAAAAAUUGGGCCAGAUGGCAAAGUCUUUCUUGUUUAAGAAAAUAUUUCUUUUUUAUUAAUAUUUUUGUUGUUCAAGUCUUUAGUAAUUUUUUGUUUAAUUAACAUUUUAGCGUAAGAAAAUCAAUACGCAUGUAAUUAAAAUCAAAAUGAAAUUAAAAAUAUUCAUUACAUUGUUUGCAAGUAUAAAAAUGGAAAGUUGCGUCAUUUUGAAGCUACGAAUUUUUGUACGCAUGCGUAAGCUUCUAUUUGAGCACUAACUUGGUGUUUAUGAAUUAGAACACAAAACGUCUUUUUAUGCUUAUGGUGCACAUGAAUACAUAUGUAUGUAUGCAAAUUUAAUGAAAACAUUUUGUGAAAUGUGUGUUUAUGCAUUAAUGAAGAUGUAUCUAACUUCAUAUGGAACUUAUUAAUUUGUGUACGCUUGAAUUUAGAAAACUUCCAAAUAAAGAAAAAAAUCGACAUUUUAGAUUUUUGGUUAUAAUGUCCCCCUCAUGUCUCACUCGUACGUAGACGAAUGGAUGACAAGAAGAGUUUGCCAAUCUUAUUCUUUCCUCUCAAGUUUUUGUAACAUUUUAAAUAAUUAGAAAAUAAUACAUUUGAAUGAAAACUUAAAAAAAUGCUUUAAAAUUCUAGAAUUUUGUUUGGUUAUGUUAUGUAAAAUACCAUUAACCAAUUUAGAAGCAUUUCCUGUGCACAAUUGAUGGGCCGGAUUCGUCGUAUUCUUGUUUCGAGAUCCACAUCUGUUGGAAGGUAGACAAAGAA